AUGUCUGCAACACGGUUUCUUCGAAAGCUAUCGCUGCGCAACAGCAGCCCCCAACGAGCAGCGUACAUCGCGGCGCUGGGGCUCGUCGGUAUCCAAGUCGGCAUCGGCAUUAUAAUGAAGACUGCGCAAAGCGGGGGUUCAUAUGCAUUUUCACCAUCGGGAUCCAUCACCAUCUCCGAGUUUCUCAAAUUGAUCCUCUCUUCGAUAUUCUUUUACCGCGAGUGCAAGACCAGAGCGCAGGCGGGCGUUGGGCCCUCAACGCGAGGUUCGGAUACGGCGUAUGCGUCACUGGCGGAUGAUCAUAGAGACUUGGAGAUUCAGGAUAAAGAUGGAGAUGCGUCGUCGCUUACUGCGAUGGACUCGGACGACGAGGGAUCAAGAGAUUCUGGGUCAACUUCGGCGGCACUACCCUUUCGUAUAAGGACGUUUUGGGGGUAUGUUCGUGGUGAGGUGAGGAAUGAUGUGCGGUUCGGCUUCUACAACCUGGCGCUCAUUUACAUUCUCAUCAACAACUCGCUCUUCUUGAGUUAUAAGAUGGCAGAUCCAGGCACUAUCCAAUUGACAAAAAGCGGCGUCACACUCAUCACCGCCCUGGUCAUGAUUGCGACUCUCAAUCAGCAGGUGUCCAAGACGCAAUGGAUGGCAAUCGCCAUGCAGCUCAGUGGCCUCAUCGUCACACAAUAUCAACCUGGCAAGGGCGCCCUCUAUCCUCUCGACACAUAUGCCCUUCUUCUUUUCCAGGUCUUUCUCAGCGCUUCAUCUGGCGUGUACAACCAAGUUCUCCUCAAAGCAGACGAUUCCAGCCUGCACGCUAACAACAUGAUCCUGUAUGCCUCUGGCACAAUCGUCAACUUUGUCUGCCAUAUCACCAUCAAAUGCGUAAGCUCCAACGAGCCGGGGUUCUUCGAGGGAUACGGAAGCAUCCAUGCCAUUCUGGUCAUUAUGAGCAAUGUCUUCAUCGGCCUUGCAAUCACUGCCGUGUAUAAGUAUGCCGACGCGCUGGUCAAAUGUUUUGCGACAGCCUUUUCGACCGGAAUAUUGCUCUACCUAGCACCUCUGAUCUCAGAUACUUCCCUCAGCUUUCUCGUUGUUCCAGGCACAUUUAUCAUCUUUGUCGCUACCUGGCUCUACAUGGAGAACCCCGCUCCUAAGCCCACUGCCACCAAAUCUGAUUCCGAUCCCAAGACAGGUUUCUUCUCCAAACUUGGUGCUAUUGUUGAGAACAAGAGGAUAUUGUUCAUCUUCAUCAACACCCUCAUCACAGUCAUGGCAGUGAUGGCUUUGGCUAUGUACCAAGUCGCUAUGCCUACCAAGUCUAUUUCCACUGCGCCAACUGACGCAAGCACGUUGGCGGUGGCAACAACACAAGAAGCCGACGCUCCAAAAAUUGUCACAUCGCCUUUCAAAAACACCAUGGCCUUCAUCAGAUGGAACUCUGUUCAUCCCGAGCGCAUCCCAACGCUGAUGAAGUACAAGCCCUUCUUCCGCGACAUUCACAUCUCAAUGCCAGAUAUGAUGAAAGCCGAGGGACGCAAGCCGGAGUAUCACAACAUCACUCAUGAUCAAAGCACCCUCACCUUUCACAUUUACCAGCAGGUCGCCGAUACAAUGCAGUUGAUCCUCGACGAGGAUCCAGAGAUUGACGGCCUCUUGUACUAUCACUUCGACGCCUGGAUCGAUCCUCUGGCCUGGGGCGGUAUUGAUCGCAACAAGAUCUACUUCCCCAUGACAUGGCCUGAGAUGAAGCCUGUAGGACCCCAGUUCUCCUGCAUGAAUGACACCAAGGGCUAUGACUGGGGUGGAUGGGGCGGUCCUCACUACCAUCUCAAAGCGCAACUUGCCAGCGCCCAGCUCGAUCAUUUGGACCUAGGCUUCAAAAUUGACAUCAAUGAGUUUUGUGUCGGCUGGAGCGACAUCUACUUCAUUCCUCGCAAGUUCUUCAAGGACUACAUCAUCGCAGCACCAAUCUUCAAGUCCUUCGACGUCUUCCACGAAGUCGGCAUCCCAACGAUGCUGCACAUCAUCGAGCAAAGCCAUCGCGAGUCGCCGUACGUCCCCGCGAUGGAAUUAUUCUCAGACUGCUGGGGCUACUGCUGCAAGGACAACCCCAGCAUCUACGAUGUCACCACGUAUCGGUGCGGGCAUCGUCUUGAUUACCGAAAUGAACAGGUGACCGGGGCUUUUUACGAGAAGCUCGAUGCCGAAGCCAAAUUCUUGGGACAGCCUAUGAAUGGGUCCCAUGUUGCGAACCUUACAGAGAUGUUUCCCCCAAUAAAAGAGGAGGAUAAAGCGAAAUUGCCAGCGCGGAGGGGGAAGAGGUAG